AGACGCCGCCGAGCUCUCCACGCGCGGCUCAAUGCACACGGCCCCGAGCGGCGCGGACCGUUACCGCAGUACCCGCCUCUUCCGUCCCGCCCGAGGCGCAAGCGCAGCUCCGCCCCACGCCACACCUGCCGGGAGCAGCGACGGCGCGCGCGCGACCGCCCCCAACCCAGAGCCGCGUUUCGACCGCGUUGUGGCGGGGGCGGCGCGUCCCGUCGCGGUGCACGCUGGGCGUCGAGGGCCAGCCGCUCGCGAGGCGUGGGCGGGAAGCGGGAGGCGCCGCGCUGCCGGCAUGGGGCCGCCGCGGCUGCCGCCGCUGCUGCUGCUGAGCUGCCUGGCGUCGCUCCUGUCGCCCCCCGGCGCCACCGAGUUCAGCCCGUCCUUGGACAGCGACUUCACCUUCACGCUGCCGGCCGGCCGCAAAGAGUGCUUCUACCAGCCGAUGCGCAAGGAGGCCUCGCUGGAGCUCGAGUACCAGGUUCUAGAUGGAGCAGGAUUAGAUGUUGAUUUUCAUCUACUUUCUCCAAAAGGUGAAACUUUAGUUUUUGAUGAAAGAAAAUCAGAUGGAGUUCAUACGGUGGAGACAGAAGAGGGGGAUUACAUGUUCUGCUUUGACAAUACAUUCAGUACCAUUUCUGAAAAGGUGAUUUUCUUUGAACUGAUCCUGGACAAUAUGGGGGAAGAAGGACAAGAUCAAGAGGACUGGAAGAAGUAUGUUACAGGCACAGAUCUUCUAGAUAUGAAACUAGAAGACAUUCUGGAAUCCAUCAACAGCGUCAAAGCCAGAUUGAGCAAAAGCGUCCAGAUUCAGACCCUGCUCAGAGCAUUUGAAGCUCGUGACCGAAAUAUACAAGAAAGCAACUUUGACAGAGUGAAUUUCUGGUCCAUGGUCAACUUGGGAGUAAUGGUGGUGGUAUCAGCUGUUCAGGUUUACAUGUUGAAAAGUCUCUUUGAAGAUAAGAGGAAAAGUAGAACUUAACAUUCAGUAUGAUUGUAACAGUAUAACAUGGUAAGGGAGGGAGGGCAAGAAACUGCUUUAUGUAAGAAAGAGAAACCUCUUUGAGAGUCCUUCGAAUAGGCAGUAGCCACAUCAGGUUUUCAAAUCUUAUGGUUUUUUUUUUUUUUUUUUUUUUAAAGAUGAACAGAAUGCCUUGUCCCAAGUUCUUCCAUUAUUUUUUUUGCAGCUGCUAUUAACAAUUCUUAUGCUUACAGCAUUUGUUAAUGAUUGUUACUGACUGAACAGUGCACAGGAUGCUUGGUACAUAUGCAAAAUAUUGUUAAUAUUGGUGGGUUUUUUUUUCCAUGUUCACAUAAAAUUUUAAAUGGUAACUUCAGAUAGGAGUUGGUUUGCUGGUUAACAUCGAACAAAUUUACACAUGCCUAAAAAUUGUAGCCCGUGAGAGCAGCCUGGUGACAGUCACUUAUUUUCAAAGUUACAUGUUUUAAAAAAAUCUUCAGCUUGUGGGUAAAGCAUCACAUGGAAACACGGGGCUACCAUUGGGAGAACAAAAUGAGAUUUUUUUAUUAUUUUAAUAUAUAGAUGAUUAACAUCAGCACUUUAAGAGAAGCACUGUCAAUGUGAAAGUGAUGUUGAAGGGAACUGGAGAAAAUAAGUGAUUUCUGUUGAAGAACUCUUCUAUAGUUGUACAGCCCUAUUUCUUUUUUGUCUGUUACGUGAGAUUUGAGAGACAACUAUAUUGUAUACAGAUAAAAGCACACACCUGGAAGUGUGGGUUAUGAACUUCUACAUAUUGUAACCUCUUAUAAUAGUAUUUUUUCAAGUAGUUAUUUCAGAUGUUAUUUCUUUUCCCUUUAAUAAAGGGAAAGGGGUCAUGGUAUGUGAUAACGUGCUUUUUUUUUUCUCCGAAGUCUCAAAAUCCCUUUUAUUUGCCAAUUUAUUUUUUAUUUGUCUACUACAUGUCUAUGACUAAUUCAGCAGUUAAUCAAGUGAUUUACAUAGGCUUCAAAAACCAAAGCUGUUCAAUUAUGCAUUCUCCUUUUGCUUACCAUAACUCUUCUACAUGUGUGAGUACACUCAACCAAGUAAGCAGUGUUUGCAUAUCCAGCUGUUUAUAAGACAUUAAGUGAGCAAUAAAUUCAGAAUUCAAAUUUCUAAUGACUGUAUGGUUUCCAGAUAAAAAAAAGCAUAGUAAGAUUAUGGAGCAUUUCUGCAAAAAACCCCUGAUGUGUAAUAGUUAACUAGUUUUAAAUAGAGUUCAAACUUACUCAUUUUUACAGUGUGCCAAGUCACUGAAUUCCUGUAUAGAUGUGUUAAAGACAGUAUGUGUAUUAGCACUGUGCCUGUUCUUGGACCUAGGCAUGAACAGCAGAAUUGCAAUUUUAAACGCUUCCUGUGAAUAGAAGUGAUUUAAUGGAGAAAAGACAGGGUCACUAGACAAAGAAACAAUUGCUUCAGAUAAAGCAGUAAGGGCUACAGUACAUAGUAAUGCCACUUCAACUUUAGACAGUGGGACCCAGCAACAAUAUCUUUAAGUAAUUUUUAUCACUAGAAGUAUUAUUCCAUUCAGAACUUGUUCUAGAGAGCUCCAAAGGCUAUUGAGCUACCUUUUCCUUUGGUAAAGCUGUGUCCAAAAUAAGUGUGUUUCUCUUUUCAUGCUGCAUAUCUUCUCUUUCCCCAUAAUGCUGUGAAUUAGAAAGUUUACUCCUGCAAUCAAAAUAAAGUCUAAGAAGUGUUAAUUCUUCCUGAUGAAGUAGCAAAUAGUAUCGUACUGCCAUUUCCCCAUGCAUCUCCCACCACCAGUACAUGCGUGUAGCUGCAUUAGGACAUAAGCCAAAGCUCAUUGUCAACUCAGAGUCAACUUCCGAGCUAUUGAUCAGGUCCCAUCAGGGUGAGAGAAUAAAGAUUCUUAGGGGCCUGUCCCUUUUGCUAAAAGAAUCUUCACUUGCAUCACAACAUGAUGCUACAUGUUGUACCUACAAACCACCUACAAAAUGCUGAACCAGCUCAGUGAAGCUCUAACCAAGACAUCUACCUCUUACAUCAAGGCUACUGGAUUCCAGCUUUCAGCUUAGACCUCCAACAGAUAAGCUCUGCCACAUUUUGGAGACACUUCAAUGGAUUACGUUCCCCAGGAACUCUGCUGUGCCUCUCUGAUAGAGGUUAUAAAUCCAUUAGCAAAACAGGCCAUUUGUUGGCACAUCAUUUAUCUUUGUUCAGUCUGGUUUAUUGCCUUAAGCUGCUCAUGAAUGAAGAUCUCUCUGAUAAGGCAAAAUUCAGCAGUUUCUUUUAAUAUAGACAGCAGUCCCUGGUAGAAGGAAAAUACAACUGUCAGCAGAGUUGAGGUGAAAUUAUUUUAUAACUAAGAAAGCUUACUGUAUUUUCUCCCUCUUCAGGGCUUGCUGUAGAAAACCAUACAGCAAAAAGCUACAAAUGCUUUGAUAGUGGCAGCUGGAAUGUGUAUUAUAGGUGAAGGAUGUGGCAUUUAAACUUGUCAUGGAAUAACAUUUCAUUUGGAUUUUGAGAAGUAGAUUGCUUUUGACUGUAUAAAAUUUAGAAAGGACAUGUAUCUAUAAUUUUUUUCUGAAUGGUAUUUGUAUUCAAAAUUAAACAUUUUAAGAUUUGUGGAUGUUGAAUAAAAUUAUGCAAACCCGAGAUUUUCAAUAAAUGACAUUUAAACCUG